AUGGCGGGUGAGAGUGGCAUCACAUACCGGCGUGGGAGGGCACGUGACUGCGAGGGUGUGCAGAAGGUGUUCCACGAGUCGGGGUUUGUGAUGUACGAUGGGCCGGAGGAUGGUCCGACCGAGGCGCAUUUCAUCGCGACUUGGAAUGGGAGGUGGGCUGAGCGGCUUUCACAUCCAGACCAGGUCUUUGCAGUGGCUGAGUACCGCGAGGAAGGCGCCGAAGCUGUCAUUGUCGGGUUCGGUCGCAUGCAGCGUGACCGGCCCCGCAUGCGCAUGUCGGUGGAAGAGGCUGCGCUCCAUGAGGAGCCUGAUGCGGAAGGCGGGGAUGAGGGCCAGACUGAGCAGAUUGAGCAGACUGAGCUGACCGGCCCGACGUACGAUGCAGAGCUCAUGUCGCUGUUCGUGCUUUCGGCGUUUCAGGGUUGCGGCAUCGGCUCGAAUCUGUUCCGCUGCGUUUCGGAAAUUGCUCGGGAAGAGUUCAAGGCUAAGACGGCCUUUUGCUGGUGUGUCGACCUUGAGCAGAGCCGCAAGUUCUAUGCUAAUGUUGGCGGGGAACUGGUUGGCCGCAAGUUUGUAGACACAAGACGGGGCAUUCGCCCGCAGACGGCUUUUGCAUUCCAACUGUCAUCAUCGUCAUCUUGA